AUGUCUGCAUCACCCUUCGCCUCUCCAGUUCCCGAGUCAUCAAGCAUGGACACUCAGCAGGUAGCCAACAUGAGAGAGUCCGCCGAGAACGGGUUCGAGCCUCCGGUGGACGAUUCUGAAUUCGACAGAGUCGUGCGGAGCAUCAACGACCCGAACGCGGCAGAAAACAUGGACUUCUUAAACAGAGACCUUGAAAUAGGAGAAAAAGCAGACAACGCGAUAGACUAUGAGGAUUUCGACGAUGACGAACUCCCAGAUGAAGAAGAUGAGGCUUCGAGUGCGAAACCGGCUGCUGCUUUACCGCAGGAUGAUGACCUUGGGGAUCUCUUUGGCGGAGACGAUGAAUUUCAGGAGAUCAGAGAGGGUGGAGGAGACGAGCUGGAUGAUUUGUUUGGAGAUGUGCCGUCAUCUCCUGUUAACAAGAAGGCGGCUAUUGGGCUUUCGCUUCCUAUGGUAGAUCAUGGGAUGGGCAUAUUCGGGGAUAGUGGCACAAUCCAAGGGGCCCUCGAGGCGCAUGAUGAUAUCUUCGAUGAGGGCAUGGAGAGUGACAAAGAGGCACCAAGGUCGCCUACUCUUGAUAUGGACCCCGCGAUGCUCCGAGACUACCAACUUCAACAAGCUCUGUUCGCCAUGUCCGCCUACGGACCAGACAAUCCCCCCGCUCCGCCGGAAAAUAACGAAGAAUUACUUGCUUCCCUAUGGCCUAAGUUUGAUAAGGAUGCCCUACCACGCUUCUUGGAGUUACUACCACCGAAAAAGGCACGCUUUAUUGGCAAGGUGCCUCUCAAACCCCCAAAGCGAAUUAACCCUACGAAAGUCAACAUUGAACUCGCCCCGGAUCAAGAACGUGCCUUUCUUUUUGCUGGAAAUAUGCAGAAGAAAUCCGCAGAGCCUGAUCAGUUUAUCACCGUUAUAACCCCUGAAUCCACGUCUGCUGAGGCCAGCGACAUAGAGGAAGGUGACGACUCUGAUGAAGACCUUCCUGGUGGUAUCACCAUGGAAGACUUGCAGUUUAUUUGCGCAGACUGGGAUGUAAAGAAUGCUCCUUCAGAGCACGAAAAAGAGACUACGCCUGAAGCACCCCGAAAUGAAGAAGAUGACUGGUUAUUCGAAGUAACCCAGCCAACUAAAAAGCGCAAACUCGGGAAAGAACCUUCGGAUUACCUGUCAUACUCGCAUAUUGAUUUACCCAGUCUGGAUGACCCAGCCGAAGCUACUGCGAUACUCGCUAGGAAGAUUCGGAUAGAUAUGAAUGAUCCCCAUUUAUUGCUGGAUGACUACUCCAACAAUGAACCUACUACACAAAUUAAACCCAGCAAGCUUCAACGUGCUGGAGAAAUGUCCAGUGGCUUGACCAAGCGUCUAAUGCAAAGAUACAACAUUUCAAAUGAUACCGCUUACGAUAUGCUGAAAGAGAACCACCAGAAUAAGGUGCGAAGCACCCUGGGAAAUAUCGCCCUAGAACAUAGUAUGCCUGCAAUCCGGCUGCAGUGGCCAUAUUAUAAGACCAAGCUUGCAAGACCGGAAGCUCGGUCAUUCCAUCGUCCCUCUUUGAGCUUUUAUCCAAAUCUUCCUCUCUCCUUCAAAGUCCCCGUCCAUGUCAAACGGAAACACCAAAAGGGAAAAGGCGCGAAAGCCCUUUACGACACCACAAAAUCACUAUCUUUAGCUGAUAACUCGAAUGCGUUGUUAAUCGAACACUCCGAAGAGUAUCCGACAAUGUUAUCCAACUUCGGCAUGGGUAGUCGUUUGAUAAACUAUUACCGCAAGAAAAAUGCGGAGGAUCCAUCACGACCAAAGACAGAGAUUGGAGAAACUGCAGUUUUACUGCCGCAAGACAAGAGUCCAUUUUCCAGUUUUGGCCAUGUCGACCCUGGAGAGACUACACCUACUAUUACAACUGGUUUAUACCGUGCGCCCGUUUUCCGUCAGGAGGCUAGAAAUACCGACUUCCUAAUCUUCCCAUCUGUUGAUGUGCCCGGACCUCAUUCCAGAAAAGUCACGACUGCGGCAAAGAAUCGCCUCAAAAUGAUAUGCUACCGUCGAAUAAAGAAAAAUGGGAACAACAGGGUUAGUGUAGCAGAGGUUACCGAGCAUUUCCCUGAUUCAACAGAUAUGCAAAAUAGGCAAAAGAUGAAAGAGUUUCUCCAGUUCAAUAAAGACCAUAAAGAGUGGGAAAUGAAAAGCGGAGAGCCAAUACCUAGUGAAGAUGUUAUGCGCGGUUACGUUAAGCCUGAAGACGUCUGUCUUCUCGAAGCCAUGCAAGUCGGACAGCAACAACUCCAUGAUGCUGGAUAUGACCGUGAAUCAGAUGAUGGUGACGACUACGAAGGAAAAGAAGGAGAAAGUUUAGAACAGCAACUCGCUCCGUGGAAAACGACAAGAAGCUUCCUUCUCGCCUCCCAAGGAAAAGCCAUGCUACAGCUUCAUGGGGAGGGAGAUCCUACUGGUCGCGGAGAAGGCUUCAGUUUCAUCAAGACAUCUAUGAAGGGUGGCUUCAGAGCAGUGGGAGAGAGUGUUGAAGACAAGCUUGAUGCCCAACGACAAAAGGAGCUCGGAGGUCAUAGCUAUAACGUCGCUAGGCAACAAAAGUCCUAUGAAGAAUCCAUCCGCCGAAUCUGGGAAAGCCAAAAGUCUAGCUUAUCUUCAACCAUUCAACACUCAGACGAAGAAAGUGAUGUGGACAUGGGAGAAGCUGAUGAACUGUUCGGAAAGCCAACGCCAAGAUCAGACCGUCCAACUCCGUCCUUCAGCCGCCGAGACGAUGAGACAACCAGUCAGUUCAGCCGAUUUAGUACCUCGAGUCAAUCGGGUAAGGUCAUGGUAAUCACCCGUCAAAUACGAAACAACAAGGGCAAAAUUGAGAGUGUCAAGGAAGUCAUCAGGGAUGCCAGGGUGAUUAAACAGUAUCAGAAGCAGCGUCAUGAAGCUGAACUUGCAAACUUAGCGCUUAUUGACAUUGAACCAACGGGGGACCCGGAAGUCGAUGCUCGAAACAUGAAGCAUAUUCAGGACGAACUUCGUCGUCUUCAGCGAAAUAAGGAGCGGCGCCAUGCUCGAGAAAAGCAGAAAAGUCUCAUUGCCGAAGGGAAUCGCGAAAUGUCUCCCACUACGGCUGCGUGUUCUCCUGCUCCAACUGGUCCAGGUGGCCCCAAGACGGGGGGCACACAGCGGAAAUGUGCUAACUGUGGUCAAGUUGGCCAUAUCAAGACUAACAAAAAACUUUGCCCACUUCUUAAUGGAUCAAUGAGACCAGAGGACGCAUCCAACAUGCCGGCAUUUACAAUGGGCGUUCCAACUAUAUAA